UGUUUGUAUUAAAAAACUCCCGACACUUUUCACCAACAACCCUAACUUCAAACGAACAAUCAAACAUAUCUCAAUCAACCUCUUUUGAAAAUUUUGAGCCAAAUUUGCGAACGAUGAUUCAACGAAAUUGAUAUCUUUAUAUACUAAACUCUAAUCUUGAAUAAAUUUCAUCAAGAGAAGGAAAAAAUAAUGGAAGUAACAGCUCGAGCACCCGGAAAAAUCAUUCUUACUGGUGAACAUGCUGUCGUUCAUGGAUCUACUGCUGUUGCUGCUUCAAUUGAUCUAUAUACCACAAUUACUCUCCAAAUUCCAAGUGAUUCUGAUGCCAGCGAUGGAUUACUAAAAAUUAAGCUCGAGGAUAUGGGGUUAGAGUUCUCAUGGCCAGUAGAAAAAAUAAAAGACGCGCUUCCUGAUUUGGGGAAUCCUCUUUCUUCUCAACCACAAUCAUGUUCCCAUGAGUCAUUGAAAUCAAUUGCUAGUCUAGUCGAAGAACAAAAUAUCCCAGAGGCUAAAAUCGAACUUGCUUCUGGUCUUUAUGCAUUUCUCUGGAUGUACACCUCAAUUCAUGGUUACAAACCUGCUACAGCAAUUGUUACUUCUACUCUUCCACUUGGUUCCGGUUUGGGUUCUUCUGCAUCAUUCUGCGUGUCAGUCUCAGCUGCAUUGCUUGCUUUAACAAGUGCUGUAAGUUUAGAUUUGGGACACAAAGGUUGGUUGAGUUUCAGGGAGGACAAUCUGGAAUUGGUGAACAAAUGGGCGUACGAAGGAGAAAAAAUAAUUCACGGGAAACCAUCAGGAAUCGACAACACAGUAAGCACAUUCGGCAAUAUGAUUAUGUUCAAGUCUGGUAAAUUGACUCGUAUGAAGUCCAGUAUGCCACUAAGGAUGCUCAUCACUAAUACAAAGGUCGGUAGGAACACAAAGGCAUUAGUUGCUGGUGUAUCAGAGAGAACAUUGAGACAUCCAGAAGCUAUGAAUGCUGUAUUUAUAGCAGUUGACUAUAUCAGUAAGGAGUUAUCCUCCAUUAUCCAAUCACCUGCUGCUGAUCCCCUCUCGCUAACUGAGAAGGAAGAGAAGCUGGAAGAAUUGAUGGAGAUGAACCAAGGGCUGCUUCAGUGUAUGGGGGUUAGUCAUGCUUCUAUAGAAACAGUUCUGCGAACGACUCUGAAGUACAAGCUAUCUUCCAAGCUGACUGGGGCAGGCGGAGGAGGCUGUGUUCUGACGUUGUUACCUACAUUGCUAUCUGUAAAUGUUAUUGACAAAGUCAUAGCAGAGCUGGAGUCAUGUGGGUUUCAUUGCCAGAUAGCUGUAAUCGGGGGAAGUGGUGUUGAGAUCUGCUUCGAUAAUUCACCUUGAUCAUUUAGCCACCACAUUUGAUGAAAAAGGAAAAAGUAAGAAUUCCAGACUUGAAAGCUGAAAAAAAAAAUGGCCAUUCUGUUUCUGAUUCCCUUUUGUUGUUUGUUUGUAUAUUAGUUGCAGUGUUGCUAUUGCUAUGUUUUUAUGCAUUCAUUUGUUAUUUCAAUCAGAAUCUAGUCAGUCAUUUGCUGUUUCAAUCAAAAUUUAGUCAGUCUAUGUAGUUUUUCUGUUUCUUAUUUUUAAGCCUGUUGCUUGAC